AUGUCUGUCCUUCACAUUGCUGCAAAGAAAGGAUAUGUUGAUGUUGUUAGUGUACUGAUCAAUAGUUGCCCAGAAGUUUGUGAGUUGUUGGAUAACAACAGUCGGAUGGCUCUUCAUAUUGCUGUGGAAAAUAGACAGGAAGUAGUGGUGAAUUCUUUGCUGAAGUCCUUGAUAUUUCAGGAUCUUAUAAAUGAGCAAGAUAAAAAAGGAAAUACAGCUUUGCGUCUAGCCGCUAUUCAAGGACAUUUCAUAAUUUUGAAAAUGUUGACGGAUGACUCAAAAAUCAAUAAAGGGGCUACAAACAAUGACAAAAAGACAUUUGUCGACAUAAUCCUAUCAAACAAACAGCUAAAGGAUAUUGAAAUUGAUAUACAAAUUGAACAAGCAGAGAUUGAUGAGAAGAAGAAACAAAAAAACGAAGCUGGUGGCCUGAAAGAGCUUGAUGAAGAGAUGGUUGUUUCAGAGGAGGAGGAGACCUAUAAAUAUACGUUGAAAUUUGAAAAUAAGUUAAGGGAUUUCUCCGCCAUCAAUUUAGUGAUAGCGAAAAUCAUAGCAAAAACCACAUUUGCAGCUGCUUUAACAAAGCCUGGUGGAUACAAUGAAAAAGGCUUACCAGUUCUCAGGGGAAGAAAACAAUUCGAACAGACCAGUAGUCCUCGCUGGUGCUGGAAAGCAAAACCACUACAGCUUCGGAAGAUAUCAUCUUCCUUCUAA